CGAGAGUGCCCGAUAACUUUGCGGUGUGUGAUACACAUCAAACUUCAGAGUCUACCCGGGUCCACUCCUCCUACUGUAUGGUCGGAAGCACUACUGACAACUCCGAGAUCGAACUGUCAGUUCUAGAAGCCGGUCGGUCGGUCGCGCCCUCCCAUGAAAUCUUGUUUCUGAUAAAUGAUCCCUCGUACGUGACUUUGAAUGUGCGCCGGAAUGCCCUUGUCUUUCGACUAUUGAUUCUUAGCGUUUGAAGUGAAGAUGGCUAAAGCCAUGCCCAGGGUGUGUGUGUGUUUGCUCUGCAUCCUCAUGCGCCGGGCUGAGCUGCAGAAGAGGACGACGAAAGCUUCAGCGAUCCGAGCUACAUUGACCUACAGACUCUGCUCUGAAAAUAGUCAUAGAAACUUAGAACCUGCCCUACCAAGGCUUGACAGAGCAACUCUCUUAUUUGUCUCAGGCACGGAAGGUCCAAUGUAACGCUGGUGGUCAAACCUCCGCCUGUUGCGCCAGAGAUUACGCCAGCGCCCCGCCAAUAUCAGGUCUCAGAACCCUGCCCCUCCUCGGACUGACUGAGGUCGGAUAGCGGCGCAAUUGGGUGGUCUAAUAUCCCUCACACCGAUUCAGAUUGCUAACUUCAACUGUCAAAGAUACCCGUGGUGGAGUGUGGUCCGGAACGCUAAUAGUGCUGCCCGAAGAAAUCGAAAUGGAUGCAUUAACGUACUCCACUUCAGGUACUACAUGGGUGAGCGACCAGUUGAGCUUCAUCUUGGACAUUCUUGAGCUCUGGACGUGUUGCUGUCACAAUUGCUCACUGAACCUGCUCCGCAAUAUCCUUUCCUCUUCGGUUGCUUUGUGAGCUUGCUUGUUUCGCCUCUAACCAAUAAUACCCAUGCCUAAAAGGAAUUGGCAUUGACUCGUGUGGCUGAAUGUCAUGCCACUCGGUAGUUGAUCUCGG